UCAUUCACGCUCGUCCUCACUCCCUCCGUCGACGGAAUAAAAGGGAGAAGAAGAAGACGCUGCCACUCCUCUGCUUUAAAUAUUUCGAUAUUAUUAUAUUCAUUGCUCUCUCCUUUUCCUGAGAUAUCUCUCUCUCUCGAUAUCGAUCUCGAUCUCGAUCUCGAGCGAUCGCUGAGGGGCGAUUAAGCCUCAGAUCCAGGGGCGAUCUCCUUCUUCGCCUUCGCCGAAGCCCUAGCUCGCGAUCGCCAUGGCGGCGGCCAACGCCCCGAUCGCCAUGAGAGAGGCCCUCACGCUUCCGAGCGUCGGCAUAAACCCGCAAUUCAUCACCUUCACGCAUGUCACGAUGGAAUCGGAGAAGUAUAUCUGUGUCAGGGAGACCUCGCCCCAAAACAGUGUGGUGAUCAUUGAUAUGAGCAUGCCGAUGCAGCCGCUGAGGAGGCCUAUCACGGCGGAUUCCGCGCUGAUGAAUCCGAAUAGCAGGAUUCUAGCUCUUAAAGCUCAAAUACCAGGAACUGUUCAGGAUCACCUACAAAUUUUUAAUAUUGAAAUGAAGACUAAAGUGAAAUCUCAUCAGAUGCCUGAGCAGGUUGUAUUUUGGAAGUGGAUUACCCCAAAGAUGUUAGGGCUGGUUACACAAACCUCAGUGUACCAUUGGUCAAUAGAAGGAGAUUCAGAACCUGUUAAAAUGUUCGAUAGGACUGCUAAUCUGGCAAAUAAUCAGAUCAUCAACUACCGUUGUGACCCCACAGAAAAAUGGCUAGUUUUAAUUGGAAUUGCGCCAGGUGCUCCUGAGAGACCACAACUGGUCAAAGGAAGCAUGCAGCUCUUUUCUGUCGACCAGCAGCGCAGUCAGGCACUUGAAGCACAUGCUGCAUCCUUUGCUACAUUCAAGGUUGCUGGCAACGAGAAACCCUCUGUUCUAAUUUGUUUUGCCUCAAAGACCAGCAACGCUGGACAGAUUACUUCAAAAUUGCAUGUCAUUGAACUUGGUGCACAACCAGGGAAGCCUGGUUUUACGAAGAAACAAGCAGAUCUGUUCUUCCCACCAGAUUUUGCUGAUGACUUCCCUGUUGCAAUGCAGAUCUCACAGAAGUACAGUUUGAUAUUUGUGAUCACAAAGCUUGGACUUUUAUUUGUGUAUGAUUUGGAGACAGCAGCAGCAGUCUACAGAAACCGUAUCAGUCCAGAUCCUAUAUUUUUGACUGCAGAAGCUUCAGCUAAUGGUGGCUUUUAUGCUAUUAAUAGGAGGGGACAGGUUCUGCUUGCCACUGUCAAUGAUGCCACUAUUGUGCCUUUCAUUAGCGGUCAAUUGAAUAAUCUGGAGCUUGCUGUGAACAUUGCCAAACGAGCGAAUCUUCCAGGAGCAGAGAACCUGGUUGUGCAGAGAUUCCAGGAACUGUUCUCACAGACAAAGUACAAGGAAGCUGCCGAGCUUGCUGCAGAAUCUCCACAGGGCAUACUUCGGACACCUGAGACGGUUGCAAAGUUUCAGAGUGUUCCUGUACAAGCUGGACAAACUCCGCCUCUAUUGCAGUAUUUUGGAACAUUGUUAACUAAGGGAAAGCUAAAUGCUUUUGAGUCUUUAGAGUUAUCGCGCCUUGUUGUGAAUCAAAACAAAAAGAAUCUGUUGGAGAAUUGGUUGGCUGAGGACAAGCUUGAGUGCAGUGAAGAACUUGGAGAUCUUGUCAAGACUGUGGACAAUGAUCUUGCGCUGAAAAUUUACAUAAAAGCAAGGGCUACUCCAAAAGUCGUUGCUGCUUUCGCUGAACGAAGGGAGUUUGACAAGAUUCUUAUUUACUCCAAGCAGGUUGGGUACACUCCGGAUUAUCUUUUUCUUCUCCAGACUAUUCUGAGGUCAGAUCCCCAGGGAGCUGUUAACUUUGCUCUUAUGAUGUCACAAAUGGAGGGCGGUUGUCCAGUGGAUUAUAAUACAAUCACUGAUCUCUUUCUUCAGAGAAACAUGAUCAGAGAAGCAACAGCCUUCUUAUUAGAUGUGUUGAAGCCAAACCUGCCUGAGCACGCCUUUCUUCAAACCAAGGUUUUAGAGAUCAAUCUAGUUACAUAUCCGAAUGUUGCUGAUGCUAUUUUAGCUAACGGGAUGUUCAGCCAUUAUGAUCGCCCGCGUAUAGCUCAGCUGUGUGAAAAGGCUGGCUUAUAUUUGCGAGCCCUUCAGCAUUAUACAGAGCUCCCAGAUAUCAAACGUGUUAUUGUGAAUACUCAUGCCAUUGAGCCACAGGCCUUGGUGGAGUUUUUUGGUACCCUGUCGAGGGAGUGGGCAUUAGAGUGCAUGAAGGACCUUUUACUAGUCAAUCUGAGAGGAAAUCUACAAAUAAUUGUUCAGACUGCCAAAGAAUACUCUGAGCAGUUGGGUGUGGACGCGUGCAUAAAAUUAUUUGAGCAAUUUAAGUCCUAUGAAGGUCUUUACUUCUUCUUGGGGUCAUAUUUGAGUUCCAGUGAAGAUCCAGAGAUCCAUUUUAAGUACAUUGAGGCGGCAGCAAGAACUGGACAAAUUAAAGAAGUUGAACGGGUUACAAGGGAAUCUAAUUUCUAUGACCCUGAGAAAACAAAGAACUUUCUAAUGGAAGCAAAACUCCCCGAUGCACGGCCUCUCAUAAAUGUUUGUGAUCGUUUUGGUUUUGUUCCUGAUUUGACACACUACUUGUAUACCAAUAACAUGCUUCGGUAUAUUGAGGGCUAUGUACAAAAGGUGAACCCUGGCAAUGCUCCUUUGGUCGUAGGCCAGCUGCUCGAUGAUGAGUGCCCUGAAGACUUCAUUAAAGGCCUCAUUCUUUCUGUCCGUUCUCUCCUUCCAGUUGAGCCACUUGUGGAAGAAUGUGAGAAGAGGAAUCGACUGAGAUUACUUACCCAAUUCUUGGAGCAUCUCGUGAGUGAAGGGAGCCAGGAUGUGCACGUCCAUAAUGCUCUGGGGAAGAUUAUCAUAGACAGCAACAACAAUCCUGAGCAUUUUCUCACUACUAAUCCCUACUAUGAUUCGCGUGUUGUGGGAAAAUAUUGUGAAAAGCGGGAUCCUACCCUUGCUGUUGUUGCUUAUAGACGUGGACAGUGUGAUGAUGAACUAAUAGAUGUCACCAACAAAAACUCGUUGUUCAAGUUGCAGGCUCGAUAUGUGGUGGAAAGAAUGGAUGGUGAUCUGUGGGAGAAAGUUCUUCAACCCGAGAAUGAAUACAGAAGACAACUGAUUGAUCAAGUUGUUUCCACUGCUUUACCCGAAAGCAAAAGCCCUGAACAAGUCUCUGCUGCCGUCAAAGCCUUCAUGACUGCUGAUCUUCCACACGAACUGAUUGAGCUCCUUGAAAAGAUUGUCCUUCAAAACUCUGCCUUUAGUGGGAAUUUCAACCUGCAAAACCUGCUUAUUCUUACCGCCAUUAAAGCCGAUCCUUCGAGGGUUAUGGACUACAUUAAUCGCCUCGACAACUUCGAUGGGCCUGCAGUUGGAGAAGUCGCCGUUGAAGCCCAGCUUUACGAAGAAGCCUUUGCCAUUUUUAAGAAGUUCAACUUAAACGUUCAAGCAGUAAAUGUCCUUUUGGAUAACAUUCAAAGCAUAGAGCGAGCAGUAGAAUUCGCAUUUAGAGUAGAGGAAGAAGCUGUAUGGAGCCAGGUGGCAAAAGCUCAGUUAAGAGAAGGAUUAGUAAGCGACGCUAUUGAAUCUUUCAUUCGUGCAGAUGAUGCUACACAGUUCCUCGAUGUUAUUAGUGCUGCUGAGGGUGCGAAUGUCUACCACGACUUGGUAAAGUAUUUGCUAAUGGUGAGGCAAAAGGCAAAGGAGCCGAAGGUGGAUGGUGAAUUAAUUUAUGCAUAUGCGAAGAUCGAUAGGCUUUCUGAAAUAGAAGAAUUUAUCCUUAUGCCGAACGUUGCUAAUCUACAAAGUGUCGGUGAUCGGUUGUUCGAUGAUGGCCUUUAUGAAGCAGCUAAGAUCAUAUUUGCUUUUAUCUCUAAUUGGGCCAAGUUGGCUUGCACGCUUGUUAAGCUGAAGCAGUUCCAAGGUGCAGUGGAUGCAGCUCGAAAAGCGAACAGCUCAAAGACGUGGAAAGAGGUUUGCUUUGCUUGUGUUGAUGCUGAGGAGUUCCGCCUGGCCCAAAUAUGUGGUUUGAAUAUAAUUGUACAGGUUGAUGACUUGGAAGAGGUUAGUGAUUACUACCAAAACAGAGGAUGCUUUAACGAGCUAAUCUCUCUCAUGGAGAGCGGCCUAGGGUUGGAACGGGCCCACAUGGGCAUAUUUACGGAGUUGGGAGUUCUCUAUGCUCGUUAUCGCCCUGAGAAGCUAAUGGAACACAUUAAACUCUUCUCAACCCGUCUCAACAUUCCUAAACUUAUUCGUGCUUGUGAUGAGCAACAACAUUGGAAGGAGCUCACUUACCUGUAUAUUCAGUAUGAUGAAUUUGACAAUGCGGCGACCACUAUUAUGAACCAUUCGCCCGACGCAUGGGACCACAUGCAGUUCAAAGAUGUUGCAGUUAAAGUCGCAAAUGUUGAGUUAUACUACAAGGCGGUGCAUUUCUACUUGCAGGAGCAUCCAGAUUUAAUUAACGAUCUUCUUAAUGUCCUUGCUCUUCGUGUGGACCAUACGCGUGUCGUGGAUAUAAUGCGUAAGGCUGGUCACUUACAUCUGGUGAAGCCAUACAUGGUUGCAGUACAAAGCAACAACGUGGCUGCUGUCAACGAAGCAUUGAAUGAAAUCUACGUAGAGGAGGAGGACUAUGAACGCCUACGUGAAUCAGUCGAUAUGCACGAUAACUUUGAUCAGAUAGGCCUGUCACAAAAGAUUGAAAAACACGAGCUUCUCGAAAUGAGGCGCAUUGCUGCAUAUAUCUACAAGAAAGCCGGGAGGUGGAAGCAGUCCAUUGCUCUGUCCAAGAAAGACAACUUGUACAAAGAUGCCAUGGAGACAUGCUCCCAAUCUGGUGACCGCGAGCUCUCUGAGGAGUUGCUUGUUUACUUCAUUGAGCAGGGAAAGAAGGAAUGCUUCGCAUCGUGCCUCUUCAUUUGUUAUGACUUGAUCCGGCCUGAUGUUGCCCUUGAACUCGCAUGGAUGAACAAUAUGAUCGACUUUGCUUUUCCAUACCUCUUGCAGUUUAUUCGCGAGUACACUGGCAAAGUUGACGAACUAAUGAAGGACAAGAUCGAAGCACAAAGCGAAGUGAAAGCUAAAGAGAAGGAAGAAAAGGAUCUGGUCGCUCAACAGAAUAUGUAUGCACAGUUGCUUCCUCUUGCUUUGCCGGCCCCACCAAUGCCUGGCAUGGGCAGUGGGCCCGGCAUGACCGCACCCUUCACAGCUCCGCCGCCAAUGGGUGGGAUGGGGAUGCCGCCAAUGCCAAUGCCAAUGCCAAUGCCCCCUUUUGGCAUGCCUCCUAUGGGAACCUACUAAAAGAUCGAUUUCUGCUUCACAAUGUGAGAAGAGAGAGAGAGAGAGAGAUUGUCAGAGAGAGGAGAGAGCCCGAGGUGUGCUUUUGACUCUUCUUAUGACACUGACUGUGAAGCUUCCAUAUUCCUACUUGGAUUUUAAUGCAGGGGACAACUUUCGACCGAAUUUUGGCUACCUUACUGAGGUUCAACUUGAGUGGGUUUUUGAAAUAGGUUCUGGUUAGGUACGAAGUACGAACUUUUUGUAUCAUUUGUAUAGGUAUAUUUUAUGUGUCUAUUAAGCCUUAGGUUUUGGUGAUUUACAGUGAGACAUGAUUCGGUUGUAUCAUUAGCUUUAGUUUAUAUUGUGUUUCAUAUUGUUCUAGUACCUGUGCUUGUGAGAAUUCUCGAUGCUGGCAUGAUUAAACUUUAUAUCUUAUUUAUAACACAAAAAUAAACCAAUAUGUAA